GCGGGGCGGAGGGAGGGGCAGCGCGUGCGGCGCGGCCGUUAAAAGCCUUCCCGCCCUCCCGCCCGGCCAGUCAGCAGAGCCGCCGCGCUGCUGCCGGGGCAGCGGCCGCUCGGGGCGAGGAGGCGGCCGAAGCGCGAUGCUGGAGAAUGGGUCCCUGAGGAACUGCUGCGACCCGGGCGGGCGAGGCCGCUUCGGCUUGGCAGAGCGGGAGGCGGCGGGCGCGCAGCGGCCCGGCUGGGUGGUGCCGGUGCUGUCCAGCGUGCUGAUCUUCACCACUGUGGUGGACAUCUUGGGCAACCUGCUGGUCAUCAUCUCCGUCUUUAAGAACCGCAAGCUCAGGAACUCAGGUAAUGCAUUUGUGGUGAGCCUGGCUUUGGCUGAUCUGGUGGUGGCCUUGUAUCCAUAUCCACUGGUGCUCUUAGCUAUUUUCCACAAUGGAUGGACAUUGGGUGAAAUGCACUGUAAAGCGAGUGGCUUUGUGAUGGGACUCAGUGUAAUAGGCUCUAUUUUCAACAUCACUGCAAUUGCAAUAAACCGAUAUUGCUAUAUAUGUCACAGUUUUGCCUAUGAGAAAGUGUACAGCUGUUGGAACACAAUGUUGUAUGUCUCCUUAAUCUGGGUAUUAACAGUAAUUGCAAUUGUGCCAAAUUUUUUUGUUGGCUCUUUAAAGUAUGAUCCACGAGUCUAUUCCUGUACAUUUGUCCAGACUGCAAGCUCCUACUAUACGAUAGCUGUUGUGGUAAUUCACUUCAUCGUCCCUAUCACCAUUGUGAGCUUCUGCUACCUUCGAAUUUGGGUUUUAGUGCUUCAAGUCAGAAGACGAGUCAAGUCAGAAACAAAGCCAAGACUGAAGCCAAGUGACUUCAGAAACUUUCUUACUAUGUUUGUGGUUUUUGUGAUUUUUGCCUUUUGCUGGGCACCUCUAAACUUCAUUGGACUGGCUGUAGCCAUUGAUCCUAUGGAAAUGGCACCAAAAGUUCCUGAAUGGUUAUUCAUCAUAAGCUACUUCAUGGCUUAUUUCAACAGCUGCCUUAAUGCAAUAAUAUAUGGACUUCUUAACCAGAAUUUUCGUAAUGAAUACAAACGGAUUUUAAUGUCACUGUGGACGCCAAGGCUUUUCUUCCAGGACACAUCCAAAGGAGGGACCGAUGGUCAGAAGAGCAAGCCUUCUCCUGCUUUAAACAACAAUGACCAAAUGAAAACUGAUACCUUGUAGAUGUGUGAUGAUCAGUGCAAGAGUCUGUCCUGGAGAACUCCAAGAGUACAGUUGUGAUGUUCUGGUCAUUCUUGCUUACUUUGGGGGGCUUUCCACUUGGAUGAAACUUUGUGACUGGAAUACCGUCUCCUUGAUAAAGCUGGUGGCUUUCAAUUCAUGAUUUAUACAAAGUAGCAAUUGAAAUCGCAUUUCAGAAGUAAAGCAGCAGGUGAGUGCAAACUGUUUUAGUUCUGAGAGCUGAACUCUGCUCCUGGACAUAUAAAUGAGGCAUCUUUUUUUACUUCAGUAGUAGUUUUGUGUUCUUCUUACAAAGUCAGGACUCAUUUCUUAAAAGAUGUAGUGAUGGUACUUGUCUAUGGGCACAGCAACUCAUCAAGGCUGCAGGGUGAGAUUUUCCUCCUUCCUGUAUCUGAACAAAGAGAGUGAAGCAGAUAGUGUUUUCCACACAUAAGCCAAACCACAUUUCUGUGCAUUUACUGGUGGCAGUAGAGGUAUCUUUAAAUCAAACUGGUAAAUUGGAGAGAAGAAUGUUUGUAUAAAAGCAAAUAUUAACAUAUGAGCCUUUCCUCACAGGUUUUUAAUACUUAAAUACAUUGAGAUAAGGAAUACAGGGUAUUUACUCUGUUCAUAUUCUGCAGUUGAUUUUAUGGUAGAUACCAUAACAUAAAUGGUUUACUUCUUACACAUUUACUUUAUGCAAUAUUCUUCCUUUAAAGAGGACUGAAUUUUAAUUGCACUCCAUUUAUUCACCUAAACAUUUACAUCCAGUGUCAUUUCAUGCACUUUAGCACACCUUAUACCUUUACAGCAGACUGGAAAUCAUGGCAUAUAACCUGUGACAACUGGACAGCAGUCAGGAUAUCCUGCAUCAUCUCAAAUGACACUAGACCAAAGAAGAAACCCUUUUGAUGGUAAUGGUAUCUGAGACACUUGCCUCACUUACCUACAUCCGAUUUUGGACAAAAUCCACUGUUGAUGUCUAACCUUAAUUGACCUGCAAGGUUCCCUGUAGUGGAGUUAUGUUUCCUUCCAUCUGUUAUAAACACACAUCCAAGGAUGAGAUUAAUUGCUUUAUGAAGAUGCUGAUCUCCUCUCAUUUACUUUAGAAUGAGCUUUCAUUACUAGUUCAAACCUCUCACUUUGGAUAGCUAGAUAGGAAUUAAUCUUGCCUAAUUUGGGAUGUCUCCAGUGUAGGUGUUUGCACAUAGUUUAUUUUCUAAAUUCCCACUGUAGUCCAUGGAGUAACAGGAAAUUAUUAAUUUUAUCUUGAAAUGGGCAUCCUUAUCAGUCAGCGGAAGUGACAGACAGAACUCACUGACUGUAUCUUCAUUAACUGUAACAGAGAUUGGGCCGCUCAUGUAGACACAUUUCAGGCAAAGGCAGGUGAUCUCAAUCCCAUAACUAGUGUAUCUGCAGAUCAUAUUUGCACAGUUCAUAAAAUAAAAGGAUGUUUUACCAUUUUCUUUUCAAACUCAGCCCAAACCCAAACUGGAUUUAUUCUGUUUCAGGUAACACAUUGUAGCAGUGACUGUACAGAUCAGAUUACGAUCCGGGUUAUGCCCCACAGCUUCAUAGUUAUUUGCACAACGUGGUUUGCAUUAUCUCUAAAUCAGAUUAGGGAUCUAUGUGCAAACACACAGUCAGCGAAGUUAUUUUAUCGUUAGACCUGAAACGCACAUUAUUCUUAGUAGCACUGUUCAGGUAUUGAAGCAGGAAAAGAGGAAUUCAGGUUGCUGCUACAUUCCAGUUUGGGUUUCCUGAUCUGGCUAUUAUGAAGAGUGUUUUUGUACUAAUGCUAAUUUGUACAGCCAAAUACUGCUUCUGAAGCCAUAAAGACAUAUUAAACAUCACCGUUUUGUUGCUAUAUUUACAGAUAACCAUCAAAGAACCAGUAUUUUAAAAGUUUAAUUUGCUUGCCAAAAGUCUAUGUAAACUACAACAAAGUAACAAAUGUGAUGAUUCUUGUAGCUUCUUGUAUGUUCCUCUAAUAAUUUCUGAUAAUCGCUGAAGUUUGUUACCCUGGGACUCAGAGAGAGUAGUCUGAUGAAAGCUGAAAACUUUGUGAAUGGGGGUAAGAAAGAGAUGGGACAAAUUUAGCCUGGUGGUAGACAGUAAAAACAUUGUAGCUAAACGUAGCAACUACUAUUAAUGUAGUCUCUACUUGGAACAUAAUUUUGUAAGUCUGAUACAGUUUUGAUAUGUAUUAUCUUUCCUCCUGACUUCCAUACCAAGGGAUAACACAGAGCUAAUAUUUGCAUAUCUAAAUGUGAAACUUCCCUCAGAAUAAAUAAGGCAUUUCAAGAGUCUGGGAAACUUUUGGAAAAGGACAUCAAGUUUGCUUCACUUUGCUUCAUUGAUAAUCCUGCUUUUUCUGACUUCUAUGAGUAGUCAAAACUGUGACUUGAAAGCCAAAAUUUAUUACCUGACUUGCAGAUGAACUAGUAUUAGAAGUAAAUUGAUCGACUUUGAUUUAUCACUUGCUGACAUGGGUCAGAAAAGACUACAGAAUUUGGAUCAAAUUCCCAUUAGUGUUUUAGUUCCAGAAAACAACAUCUAAACAUUGUUACCACUUGCUUGGGCAUAGAAGUGAGCAGCUAUCAUUCUGCAUACUCAUGGGAAGAAGAUCUGAAAUUUUUAUGAAGCCAUUUUACAAAUUAUCUCUGCACAUUAAAAAUUAAAGAUCACUUCAAAGAAUACUUAUGCUAGUACCUCCUCAACUAUACUAAAUGAAGCUCACAUAAGUAAUAGCAUAGAAACAUAGAAUCAUACAAUUGUUUGGGUUGAAAGGGACCUUAAAGAUCAUCUAGUUCCAACCCCUCUGCCAUGGGCAGGGACAUCUUUCUCUAGACCAGGUUGCUCAAAGUCUCAUCCAACCUGGCCUUGAACACUUCCAGGGAUGGGGCAUCCACAGUUUCUCUAGCCAGCCUUACCACCCUCACAGUAAAUAAUUUCUUCCUCAUAUCUAGUCUAAAUCUACAGUCUUUCAGUUCAAAAGUGUUAACACUCGUCCUAUCACUACAUUCCCUGAUAAAGAAUCCCUCCUCAUCUUCCUUAGAUCCCCUUUAGGUACUGAAAGGCUUCAAUAAAGUCUCCCUGGAGCCUUUUCUUCUCUAGGUUAAACAAUCCUAACUAUCUCAGCCUGUCAUAGGAAAGAUGCUUCAGUGCCCUCAUAAUCUUCAUGGAUGGACCCUCUCCAACAGGUCCAUGUCCUUCUUAUCUUGUGGAUCCCAGAGCCAAACACAGUAUUUGAACAUAGUCAUGCAUUUUCAAAGAAAGAAGUGUUCCAAAAGUUGAUCCUUCCUCAAAAAAUAAGGAAAAUUUUUGGAACAGUGCUAAAUCAUUCACUGUGGAUUAUAUCACCACAACAUUUGUUCAAUGGAAUGCUGUUCUGUAUGGUGUCUGCAAAGCCAGUGGAGCUAUUUAGUGUGCCAGGUACUGUUACUUCUUGAGUCCUGAAAUUACUUCUUGAGUCCCGAUGUACAGUCUCUGCCUGUCAAAGUAAGUUUUGUACCACAUAUUAUUAUAAAGCAUUUCAUUUGAGUUGACCUGGAAAUCAAUCAAAUUCAUAAAAUUCAUGUUAAUUUGUAUGACUAAACACAGCUCUUGCCUGGUGAAACCUCUUUAUGUUGCAUUUUUUUUACAUAUAGUAAUGUAUCCGUCUACUUACAUCAAAAGCCUUAAAUUAAUUUUCUCCCUCUCUUAUUGCAACUCAAAAUCCAUUUUCCUUGAAUUUACAUUUGAAGAAAAAAAAAAAUUAAGUGCAAUUUAAAAUGUAACUAACCAUCAAUAUAAGUGAUACGAUUAUAACAUGAUUUGAAAGUAUACUCAGGAAGAACAUACCAGCUCUGCAUCUUUUAUGAAAUUAUUAAUACUAUUUCCAUUAUAUAAAUAUAUUUAUACCAGUGUAUCAGAUAUAGACACUUUAAGAAAAAGGAGAAAGAAAGUCAGGUAGACCCUAUGUUCUGCACAAGGUAACUAGUGAAGGCAAAACUAGGGCCUCAGGGACAAAGUCUGUUUCCAGAACAUUUGUAGUAUUUUCAAGUAUUUAAUGUUAUCUUGACUAAAAAAAAAAUGUGUUUUAUGUUUAUUAAAAUAAAUAAAUUUAUUCUAGAAUUGUUCUUACAAUAGAACUGAGUAGGAAAAAUGCUUACCCUUAUGUAGAAAAGUGAAGACCACUUCUAAAUUCUUUCAGUAAAAUGAAGGUGUGGUAAAGUCUAAAUGAGACUGAAGCGACGCAUUAGCCUUAUCCUGUCUUUCCACACAAGUGAAAAUUUCACUCUCAAGGAAGAAUUAGAGCUAAGGGUUCAAUCCUAUUACUGUUGACUUCAGUGAGAUCAGGUUUUGAUACCAAAUUAUUGACAAAAUAGAAUAAUCCUGUCUAGCUCAUUCUCAGGGGCAGAAAUACAUUUCUGUCUCCCCACUUCUUCCUUUAAGAACACAUUUAGAUAAAAAUGAUUAUUUUUAUUUCCCAAUUGUAUUUUUAAAGAACAGCACAAGUCUGGGAAUUUCACAAUGAGCAAAUAUCUAUGGAAGAUUGUAUAUAUUUCUUAAUGUGUAUAUAACACAGUUUUGGUCAUCUGAACGAUUUCUUGCAUUUAAAGACAUUUACAGAUUCAAUAGAAAAUGUGGAAGGUAAUUUCUUUUCAGUCGUACAUUGACACAUUGCUAUUUUAACUGAAUCUUGCAUACAUGGUCUGUAAUAAGAAAUCAAUAUUUUGCCUCAAGUUAUAAUGAGCAUGCAAAGAGACCGCUAUGGAUGUCAGCUGUAGAACACAUAGUUGAUUCUUGUUCAUCCUCUUGUUAGUAAAACCUCAAGCUGUAGUAACAAAAAUAUUACUAAAACCAUGUUUUAAAUCUAUAUUUUUAUAUAUAUUUUGUGGUAUAAAUUUACUCUGGGGUAAGAACCACAUUAAAUUAUUUGUCAAAAAAUGGAUACUCUGAAUUUAAUGACUGGAGUUAGAGGUUGAAACCACAAAGAAUAUGACCCACUAUGUUGCCCACUGUACCUAGGAUUGUCACAUUCAUCAAUUGUAGAAAUUCUUAUGUUCAGCCCUGAAGUCUUUAGUCCUUGGGGACAGCUGGGAAGGUCCUAUGGAAUAUCGUUCAUGUCCACUCACAGAACAAGUUAAUCUCGUGUCAUUGUGCAUGGAAAACUCCAAAUAGUUCAAUGACUGUAGAAAGAAGCCUUGAAAUUGCCGUAUAAAGAAUCAUUCUUUGGGAGAAUAAAGAAGAACUGGCUACAGUAACAGCAUUUUAAAAAUCAUAUUUUAUGUCUGAAAUGCAUACCAAAUAAUUUUACUCUUCUGUAAACUUACUGAGGUUCCUUUCUGCCUACAGUCAUGUGAUAAAAUCAACUAAAUGCAUGCCAACAGAAAUAAUAGGCAGUGACAAGUGAGGUCUGUUGAUGUCAGCUGUUUGUUUUAAUUGCAAGCUAAUGAACAGUGGGGUUUUGUCCUUAGAAAAACAAAAAACAAAACAAAACAAAACAACAACAACAAAACACAAACAAACAAACAAACCCCCAACAAUUUUUUAAAAGCCUGUGAAAGCAAGCCAUGUGACCAUAAUUUUAAAUUUCUUCACAAAGAAACCUUGUGGCAGAUCACGUGUUUGCAUGUGUUUAGUGUAAAUGUAACCAUUUCAUCCUGGACAAAAACACACAAAAAACCCCAAAACAAACCCCUACCAAACUAACAAGCUUUGCAAAAUUAACAACAACAAAAAGAAAUCUUGUUCCAAGGCAAAAGAUACACUACUGCAGAAAUGUGCAUUUUGCAAUUCCAAACUUUCAGCAGUCCCCAUAAGAUGUUCCUCUCCUGGCAUCUCGUUGGCUGCCACACUCCUUACCCUUCCUUUGAACACCAAUGCAGUUACAGAGACCUUCCUUGUUGCCCUUCUCCUUGCCGCCUCCUGGACCAUGUACCAUGUGAAGGAGAUUAUUGCACGGGUUCCAGUCUUUGUGCUCUAGAGUCUGAAGAAACCUUUCCCUUUCCAUUCCAUUUGCAGCAGCCUGACCUUGCCACUGGAGAAGUGGAUGCUAUUUAGUGUGACUUCCUAUAGUGAGAAAGGUCAGCUGGCACAGGAUAUUCUUGAUGAUCCUAAGUCAAUGCAUAGCUCAGCAGAAGAGAGAAUGUAUUGACAAGUCAUCUAAUAUCCCUUGACAAUGACACUUUGAUCGAAUGUUGGAGCCUGUUGAGAAGUAAAUCUUUCUGUGAAGGAAUCAAUCAAUCAAAAAGAAAGAUCAGGCUUUAGGGUUUUUUUUCCUUUUAUGUUUCAAUACCAAUCUAGGGACUUCUAAAAUACAAUAUACUUUUGACAUUGAAAGUGUUAUUAUCAUAUCCUGCACUUUUCAUUAUUCUCAAGCAGGACUUGGCCAGAAGUCCAUUUCAUUAGCCUGAUUCAAGCAGUUGUAUGCCCUUUCAUGUUAAAGAAUCCUUGUCAAAAGUUGCUCUUAGCCAGAGUAACUGCUGCAUACCUUUUUUCUACUUUCUUUAUAAUUUACUUUGUUUAAAAAGGACCCAGAAAUAUUUAUGAAAGUAUAUGCAAUAUAUAUGUAAUCUUAAAAAUACAAGAUAGAUUUUCCUUUUUGUAAUGUAUUCACCAGUCCCACAUGCCUGAGUUUCUAUAUGAUAAUUCAUAAAGCCAAGAACUAGUGAUCCCAAUGCUUUUCAAAUAGUAAACCCUAAUUCAGUCUUUAAUCAACUGCAGCUUUUUUGUCAUUCUUUAAUUGCUAUAUCAUUGGAAAUCAAUGCAAACUUUGUGUUCAUAGGGUUAGAUUCCUGCAAGGGUUAAUUAGUCUUAGUCCAACACUUUACACAAUUGCACAGCAGGAAAUAGGAAUUUGAAAGAACAUGACAUCAUUAAACAUAGUGAAUCAAAAGAUUUUUUUUCCCUUUGCUCUGAAGUAGGAUGAAUCUUAAAUUAGGUGUCACUGCAAUAUCAUGAAAGCCUGUUCUGCUGCUAAAUUUCAAGCAGACAUUUAGUAUUUUAAAUUAUUUUAUAUAAUUAGCAGAUACGAACUAUGAAAAAGCUACUGCAACAAUUUAUCUGCAUACUCUUGGGCCAUUGGUUACAAUGCCUGACUUUCACCUGGAAAUACAAAAAGUUAACACCAAUGGCUCUAUUAGUUCUCUCUGUAUAUAAUAAAUUGAUAUGUCAUUCAAGCCAUCCAUAUUAAAACACAUUCUGCAUAUGUUGUUUGUUUUGUUUUGUUUUGCUUUUGGUUUGUUUUUUUUUUUUUCACAGAUUUGUUUCUGUGGAGAAAAAUAAAAAUUAAAACCAAAACAAAACACCUCCCCCCAAACAAACAAACAAACAAACAAACCCACCACACAAGAAGACAGUGACUCAUACAUAGAGACCAUCUUUCAAACGCAUUACAUGCAAGGAACUGGACAGCCUCAAGUACCAUUUCUUUGGGGAAAAACAAUAGAGACCUUGGAGUUUUAUACUCCAUCUAAUUCUCUAGCUGUUUUCCAAAGAGGCACAUUUGCUUGUUGAGCAACUUCUGCGAUCAUCUGACCUUUUCUAAUGUAAGAAAAAAAAAAUUGCAUGGAUUGAACUGAAACCUAUGAAUCAAAAAUGGUCUUAUUUGAAAGAAUUUGGUGUGCUACUGAUGCAUUUUGUUCUGUGUCUACCCCGCUCCACUCCAGAGGACCACAGCUUUGUUAGAACAAGGCUUUUAUCCCAUGCUCUUUUUAACCUGACUGAUUCUCCCUUGUGCUCAUUUUCUUAGAAUGAGGAAGAGAUUUUACAGUAAAUUUGAAUGUGACUAUCUGAGGUAAAUAUAAUUAAAAAUAAUAUCUGAAACAGUGA